AUACUUCUGGAGCCCUCUCACUUUCCUUGUUCCCUACUGCCACCCCAGACUCAUUUUGUCUGACAGGGACGGGGCUUCAGGACAAUAAACAGACCCUUGUGUGAAAGCGUAUAAGGACGCCAAGACGGUGUGAUACUGGAGAAGCACUGACAAGCACAAUUUCCUAAAGUACCAAUCCAAGAAUCUCUAUUUACACAAUCCCGGAAGACUGGCUUAUUUUGACUGACAGUGAGAAACAACAGGGAUUAACCAUGAAGUGGAGUGUGGCACUGUUUUUUGCUGGGCUCUUUGCUGCGUUGGGGACAGUCUUCAUCCUUCUAUCCUUUGGUACAGAUUAUUGGCUCUUGGCUUGGGAGACUUGCAAUACAGAUGUGACGAAUAGUGGAGAGACUGCAGAUGCCGAAAACUCUUCCACCUUUUACCAUGAGGGCUUUUUCUGGCGCUGUUCAUUUGAAGGAAGAGGGGAUGAGGACUUGAUCUUGAAGUUCUGGUUCACAAACCAGCCACACUCCAAAGUAUGUACACAUGCCUACCUGUCUCCCUUCCCUGUAUCUGAAGUGACCCACAAUGCAACCACUUAUGAGUCUGCCAUCAUCUACAGAGGCUUCUGGAGCAUCUUCAUGUUGUUGGGUGUGGCUGCAGUCAUCUUGGCUGGCUUCAUCAUAAUCUGUGCUGCUCCAUUCACUAGUCCCUGCCUCUAUAAAGCCGGUGGUGGGCUCUACCUCACAGCUGGUUUCUUCAUCCUUCUUGCGACUGUGUUGUCUGUCAUAUGGUUGGAAAUGAUGGAUAUGGUGAAUUUGUAUGUGGAGUACCAAAAAAGUCAUCUGUGUUCAGGUUUUCAGCUGAAUACUAUGUACGGCCUUUCCUUUAUGUUCGCCCCAGUAGGUGUGUUCUUCUGCCUACUCUCGGGCCUGCUCUUCCUCCUGAUUGGGCAAACACUGAAGAGACAUUGCUGAUAAAUAUACUUAUGAUUAGCAGAAUGGGAUUUGUUUUUGUCAUUGUCAUUAUGUCUAUAUAGCAGUGUAUGGAAUGAAUACAAGUUUUUAAAUCUUUGCAUUCUUUGAUAGAGAUGGAGAUGGAGAUUUAUUUAUCCCAGUAGUGCAGGAUACAGAGAACAUGAAUCAUAUGCAUAUGCAUCAUAUAAAUCUUAUGUUUUCACUGGAGGACCAUGGCUGACUUGGGCAAUGGUUUUGGGAAACUUUUCAGUUACUGCUCUGUAGUAAGUACUUUUUGUUAAGCAGGAAGUUUUGUCUUUUGGGCAUUGUAUAAAUCUGCAUUUAUGUAAACAAUGAUUAUGAGAGCUAUUCUAUUUAAUUUGCUUGAAUAUUGUUAUAAGUUAAGUACUGUAAAACUGUUAAAUUGUGAAGGAUGAUAUGGGAUUACUUGAUGUGUGUUGGUGUGUAGGUAUAUUGAUAUUACAGUUUUCUUUAAAAAUGGUUCUUAUUCACACAACUGGUUAAAGGCUGGGACAAAUAUGCUUAUAGAAAGUUAUUCUUUAUUUCUGCUAUUUUCUACUUUUUCAUUAACUUAAAAGACAUUAGUGCCAUGAAAGAAUGUAAGCAUUUAGUGAUAGUGAUCAUACAUUCUUUAAUGUAUUUUUGCAGCCUUGUCAUGUUCUCCACCAGCUUUAUUUGCGAGCUUCUGCCAAAACAAGCUUCCCUUGAUGUUCCCAACUAGUCAUACCACUUCGUGAAAUCUAAAGUUAUAAAAUGAAAACUACGUGUCUGAUGAAACAAAGUAAAAAAAAUGCAAAGUUCACUAUUAUG